CUCUGUCUCCUCCUCGUGACUCCCUCUCUCUCUCUCCCUCUCUCUCUCUCUCUCUCCAAUUAAAAUAACAUCAUGUCGCCUUCUGAUUACGUUAAACAACAACUACUUUAUCUACCUUCACAAACCCCAAGUUCGUUGAUCCCCUCAACUCCGUAAUGUAGAGUUAAUCAACCCACAUUCUCUCUCUACAUCCUCUAAACCCUCGCCCAUUCCCAUUCCCAUUCCCCGAUGAAGUGCUUCCACUUCACGAACGGAGAGAAAGAGGGCCGCGACGGCGGUGGCGUCGUUUCGAGGACCACGUCGAAGGUGUCGACGUGGGCGCGCUCCCUCAGCAUAGCGUCCAGCGCACUCGACGCGAGGCGGUCCGAGUUCGACUCCGACUCCCGCGACUCGCUCGACUUCCUGACUCAGCACCGCAGGGCAAACGACCUGAGGGUGUUCACCUUCGCCGAGUUGAAAACGGCCACCAGAGGGUUCAGCCGGGGCCUCAUCGUCGGGGAGGGAGGGUUCGGCUGUGUCUACAGAGGUGUUGUUACGGUUUCUGAAUGCGGUAACGGUCCUGACUCGAAUUCGAAGAAGAUCGAUGUGGCUAUCAAACAGCUCGAUCGCAAUGGCUUCCAGGGGCACAAGGAGUGGAUUAAUGAGGUGAACUUCUUGGGUGUAGUCAAGCACCCUAAUCUCGUCACAUUAGUGGGAUAUUGUGCAGAAGAUGAUGAAAGAGGGAUUCAACGGCUUCUAGUGUAUGAGCUUAUGCGUAACAAAAGCUUAGAGGACCAUCUAUUGGCCCGGGUAGCAUCUCCACUGCCAUGGAUGGCUAGAUUAAAAAUUGCCCAAGACACUGCUCGGGGUUUGGCUUAUCUGCAUGAAGAGAUGGAUUUUCAGCUAAUAUUUCGAGAUUUGAAAACUUCAAACAUUCUUCUGGACGAGGACUUCAAUGCAAAGUUGUCAGACUUUGGACUUGCCAGGCAGGGUCCAGCUGCUGGACUAAGUCACAUUUCAACAUCAGUUGUUGGUACAGUAGGUUAUGCGGCUCCUGAAUAUGUUCAAACUGGCAAGUUGACUGCUAAAAGUGACGUUUGGAGCUUUGGUGUGGUUCUCUAUGAGCUAAUCACUGGAAGGCGAGCAUUGGAAAGAAAUUUGCCUCGCAGUGAGCAGAAGCUCUUGGAAUGGGUGAGACCUUACGUGUCAGAUUCAAAGAAACUCCGCCUUAUUCUAGACCCGCGACUAGAAGGCCAAUAUUGCAUCAAAUCAGCACAGAAACUUGCGUCUCUAGCCAACAAGUGCCUCAUGAAACAGCCCAAACACCGCCCUAAAAUGAGUGCAGUAGUUGAAAUGUUAGGAGAUAUUAUUGGUGAGGCAACAUUAGGAGAUGAUGGUACCACCCAGCCCGACAAAGAAACUGAAGAGGCUGAGGUAGAAACCCGAGAUGAGGUUGUAUCAUGCAAACAGGAGACUUAUUCCAGGAAGGGGGAUUUUGACUUAAAAGAAAUGAUCAGCUUGAGGACCAGAUCUAUUGGGAAGUUGGAUUGGAGAAACUGGACACCUGGGACAGUAAAAACAAGGUGAUAGUGUGCUGCACCUUUGUUAUGCAGUUAUUCAUAAGAAGGUGCAUUCAUUGGCUGUUGCUCUCUAGUGUUCCGUCGCUCUUGAAGAAGUUGUAUAUGGAGCCUGUUCAGAGAGCUGUAUUCACACAAGGCAUGCGUGCUUUUCAUUGUACACGGAUUUUGAAAGCACACUUUCUUAUAGCACACGUAACUGGAUAGCUAGUAGGUAAGAUGAAUUUAUCUUAUACACUCCCAUCUGAAGCGCUUAUAUGCAAGUUUCCGUUUGACCAAAAAAAAAAAGGGCUUAUAUGUGGUUUAUAUUCAACAGAUUACUACUUUCUCCUUUCGAGUUUU